AUGGCGCCACGCAGCGCCUCCCCAGCUCUGCCUGGUGCAUGGCCCUUACACACAACACCUGACAAUGACCACACCCGCAACGUUAUCUUUGAACGCUUGUCCCAAAGCCAGCCAUCUGAACCCCUUGCGGCUGGCUCUGGCCUCCACCACGCUCUUGACGAGCUCCCCGUCUGUGACACAGGGACAAGCACAACUCGAACAGAUCCUGUUUUGAUUGCGCCAUUUCCCCAUUUACCUCACGUUGCGACACCACGUGAGACAGCAUAUAUGGCACUUUCGGCUUCGGGAUCAACGGAUUUUUCAGAGAAAUUGACCGGAGCGGACAUCGAUGCCCUUGUGCAUCUCACCUACCCACAGCCAGCCCUUGAUUCAGAGCUCGGCCUUGCGUCAAAAUUCUAUCAACGGGAGGCUUCACACGCAAAUUCGGUGAUAAACUCUGAUUCAUGCGGGCUACUGGGUGUUACUUCAGAGCUUCCUGUUCAAAUUACGUCAUUGACCGAAGCCUCACCGCCUUUGAUUUGCACGGAGCAACCAAACCCUGUCCCAUUUCCCCCUUCAUUGGAAACCGCGAUUCAAUUGACGCCUUCAAUCCAGAUGCUUGCUCGACGUUCUCAAGCGUUCCUGUUGGAAUUUCCCGGCUCGCAAAAUCCCUGCGAGAACUCGCAAAUUGAGAACCAGGACAACCAGCAUCACGAUUCUGGGUCCGUCAGCCCCUCUUCAAUGGCCACACCUCAUGACCAUCUGCUCCCCGUGUCUAAUGUUACGUCCACUGAUGUAGAUCUCCUCGGUUAUCCCAGCCUGCUUUCAAGCAACACCGGCACAGAAUCCACCCGUGAAGUCAAUGGGGGCCUGGACCUCGAUUUUCUUUCCCUUCUUUCUCAACCAGACGGCGACGAAGCCUGGACGCUGCUGCUCGGCUCAGCUUCUGAGUGUCUUUCUUUUUCUUCCACUGCUUCUCCGAACUCGGUCUCUCUGCCUCCGGCCUCGUCCCUAAGACCUAGUGAAGAAGUCGAACAACACGUCGGGUUUUCCUCAUCAUCAUCUUCCCCCGAUGCUCGUGGGGUAGAAGCUCUGCCCGAAUCCGAUGAGGACGGGGAAACGGAAGCUACGCAAUACGCUGCUGCGCUUUUAGAAACUGCCCUAGCUACUGUAAACACUAUAACGGGACCCAGCUCCUCGGAGGAUGAUGCACUCGCGAUCGGUGUUCGGAUCCCUGAUGCGAAUGGCCAACAGGAAGAAUCACGCAGUCGAGAUAAGAACGCCUCAUCACACUCAAACGUAGUUGUUCGGCGCGUCAAGAGGCUCGGCGGGAAAGUCAAGAGAUUCUUCUCGAAGAAGCAAACCAAGGGGAGUGGGGAUCAACGCGAAGGGCAGCGCCCAGGGCCCAGUAUCGCAAGUUCACUAGUCUUUAGUCAGGACGAAAUUGUGGACAUGGAAGGCACACCCUACGAAGAUCAGCAGGGGGGUUCUCCUCCCUUGAGAUUGGCAACCAGUGUCUCUUCCCCUAUUUUCACGUCAACACUUCCUCCCCGAAUUCCAAUAUAUACCUCAAGAGUUCCCGAAAUACUUUCUCCGCCCAGUGGACACCAAUCAUCGGCUGCAUAUCAAAAUACCAUCGCUGCGUCUCAGUCCUCACCACUUGACGGUACCGUUGGAUCGAUGAAUCAACAUUCACUCCAUUCGUAUGGCAUUUUUUCAAGGCCGAAAACAUUGGCUGAGAUCAAAUCAAAACGUCGUUUCUCUCUUCCUACUUUCAAUUCCAGUUUCCCUUCUUCCACCUCGCCCCCGCUCGGCACUUCUGUUGUCGCCGCUUCUACGCCUCUCACCAAACCACAGUCUACGAUGACUUGCAUGGGCAAUGGAAGCGCCCCUGGAGGACCAUCUGCCAGUGAAGUUCAGAGGCCACGCAGCGUAAUAGAACCUGUUAUUGCCGUUUCUAGCCGUCGGCUAUCGCAGCCAGUGAAGAAGAAAAUCUGGCAGUCUCUUCCAAGGAUUUCCGCACUUCGUAAGAGUUAA